AUGCAGAGAAAUUUCACAGAAUACAAUAUCAACGAGUGUAUUAAUCGCGACAGCAACAACUGUGAUGUGAAUGCGAUUUGCAUUAACACGCCAGGAAGUUUUAACUGUACUUGUGCACAUGGAUACUCUGGCGAUGGCAAGAGAGAUGGGCAUGGGUGCAUCAAGCAGGUCUCACAAUUUCCAGUAAUCAAGCUCUCUUUAGGAUUGAGCUUUGGCUUCUUGUCAUUACUCAUUGCUGUGACUUUGCUAUACUUCAGCAUCAAGAGAAGGCAACAUAUCAAACUCAGAGAGAAAUUCUUUCAACAAAAUGGUGGGUUAUUGAUGAAACAACAAAUUUCAUCAAAUGAAGGAGGCCUAGAGUCGUCAAAAAUCUUUACAGCAGAAGAGCUGAAAAAAGCCACCAACAACUACGCUGAGGAUCGAAUCCUAGGCAGAGGUGGUUACGGUGUUGUUUACAAAGGAAUCGUGCCCAAUCAACGCGUAGUCGCAAUUAAAAAAUCUAGAAUAAUGGAUGAGACCCAAAUAGAGCAAUUCAUCAAUGAGGUGGUCAUUCUCACACAAGUCAACCAUAGAAAUGUUGUGAAGCUCUUGGGAUGUUGUUUGGAGACCGAAGUUCCUUUACUAGUUUAUGAAUACGUGUCGAAUGGCACACUUUUCCACCACAUCCACAAAAGUGCGUUAUCUUGGCUAUCGUGGGACCAUCGUUUAAGGAUAGCCGCGGAAACUGCAGGUUCACUUGCUUAUCUUCACUCUGCUGCUUCCAAACCCAUCAUUCAUCGAGAUGUAAAGUCCGCCAAUAUAUUACUAGACAAUAACUACACAGCGAAAAUAUCAGAUUUUGGAGCUUCAAGGUUGGUCCCACUAGACCAAACCCAAGUAACCACACUAGUUCAAGGUACCUUAGGGUAUUUAGAUCCAGAGUACUUUCACACGAGCCAGUUGACAGAAAAGAGCGACGUUUACAGUUUUGGAGUGGUUCUCACUGAACUUAUGACGGGUAAAAAACCCUUAUGCCCCGAGAGGCCUCAAGAAGAGAGAAAUUUAGCGACCUAUUUCAUUUUGUCGAUGAAGGAAAACCGGUUGUUUCAAAUUCUCGAGCCUCGGGUGGUGAGGGAAGGGACAUUGGACCAGCUACAAACAGUUGCAGAGCUUGUAAAGAGGUGUCUUAAAUUGAUAAGUGAAGAGAGGCCUACAAUGAAGGAAGUGGCAAUGCAAUUGGAAGGUUUGAGGAAGUUUACUAAACAUCCUUGGGUUCAUCAACAAGGCCAAGAAGAGAGUGUGAGUUGUCAAGAAGAGAGUGUGAGUUUGAUGAGUGAAACAUCAGACCUUUACACUGUGCCAUUAAGCCCUUAUAAUACUGGUGGCAUUGUUUCUGGGCAAUAUAGUUUGGACAGCCAAACAAUAUUCCCGGCUAACAGCCCCCGCUGAUAUAAUUUUCUGAAUAUGUAGCAUUGUAUGUUGUAAGGUGAUCGUAGUUCCUGUUUGUUCACUGUUUUUUUUUUUUUUUUCCUAAUCUAAUUUCUGUUUGUUAAUCUGGUUUUGAGUGUACAAGAUGGAUUUACCCCUUGUAGUGCUUGUCUAUUGUUUCUCCUAAAUUUUA